UGUGAGAGACACUUACAUCAGUCUUCUCCUGAAACCCAUGCCCUGUUACUAGUCCUGAAGUCUGGAGCUUUUACAGAGCAAGAGAGAGAAGCUCUCAAGCUCAUAAAUAUCAUUUUUGGCGUUAGAGCAUCUGAGUAUGUGAUUGUGGUCUUCAUGCAUGAGGAACAGGAGUAUCUGAGCGAUAGAGACUCUGACUAUGAAUCAAUAAAGUCUCUACUGAAGGCCAGCAAUCGUCCACAUCAUCAUCUACAGAGCAAUGGAGACGAAUCACAAGUGCAGAAACUUCUGGAGAGAAUCGAGAAGAUGGUGGAGGAAAAUGAAAGCCAUCCUCUGAAGAUUCCUGAAGACCCAAGACCAUCUCUGAUAAAAGAAGACACAGUUUACCAAACAACUAACAAGACACAUAAGGGUUUUAGUAGACGGGUGUGCAGCGUGAAUCACAAGCCCAUGACACAGAUGUUUCAGCCAAAUUCAGGAAAUCCCAAAAAAUUAGUGCGAUCAAAAUCCUCUGUUGGUGCUGAGAAAAGCUUGGAGUGUGUGAGGAUCGUCCUGAUCGGGAAAACUGGAGUGGGAAAGAGUGCAACUGGAAACACCAUCCUGGGUCAUGAUGUGUUUCAGUCAAAAGCCAGCAUGAAAUCUGUGACCAAGACAUGUCAAAGAGAGAGCGGAGAUGUCUGUGGUCGACCCGUGACUGUGGUGGACACACCAGGACUCUUCGACACAAGCCUCAGUAAUGAAGAGAUCCAGCAGGAGAUCAUGAGAUGCAUUGAACUGUUGGCUCCUGGACCUCAUGUGUUUCUGCUGGUCAUCGCUGUCGGCCCGAUCACACAAGAAGAGAGAGAAACCCUUCAGCUCAUCAAGAUGACCUUCGGACAGAAAGCAGAGACUUACACUAUGGUGCUAUUCACACGAGGAGACAAUCUCACAGACGGAAGUAUUGAAGACUACAUUAAAGAAGGAGAUGCACACGUCCAGAAACUGAUAAAUGACUGUGGAGGAAGAUUUCAAGUGUUCAAUAAUAAAAAGAGGGAUCCAGCUCAGAUUGUGAGCCUGUUAAAGAAGAUUGAUAAGAUGAUGUGGAAUAAUAAUGCCAGUUUCUACAAUGACAAAAUGUUCCAGGAGGCCGAGAGAGCCUUCAGACUCAUGCAGAUCAAUAGAGAGAGAGAAGAGGAGGUCAAGCGAGAGAUCGAAGCCAUGAAAGCCAAGUAUGAGUCUGAAAUCAAAGAAAUGCAAGACAAACUAGAUGAGGAAAAAGCAAAAGGAAAGGUUAGAGAAUUGCUGCUUGUGGAUAGAGGGAUAGCAAUGUUGAGACAAAAGAGGGAAGACAUAGCGGCAACAGAAGCUGAGCGAGGCCAAGUUGAGAGAAAGAACGAUGAUCAGAUUGAAAAGCAGAAAAAACGGCUUUCAGAACCGACAGAUCUAGAUAAAGAGAUACCAAAAACAGAAAGAGAAUCCGAUAAGGAUCGUAAGAAACAUGGUAAAAAUGGAAGGGAUUUGAAACAGCAAAAAAGGCAAGAAGCAAAGGAAAAAGAUUGA